CUCGCGUCGCGGCCUCCAGUCUCAGCACCGUCCGACGCCCGCGCACACGUACCCGCGCACACGCACUCGCGAGUGUCCAGUGACAAGCUGCCUUUCUCUCACGCAGUGCUAUCGUGUUCGACGUGAAUGCUAAACCGGACUUUGAAAACACAAAAAUCACCCGGAAUUUUUGACAAGCCGCCCGCCAGCAGCCGGGAGAGGCGCUUCGAUCCGGUACGCCACACGCCACCAAGCGACCACGUAGGCUGCAAGAGAUAACCCGGUAUGACGGCCACACACGGAGGGGGACGUGAAGACGAACGCCCCGACAAGGACUCAGUGUACACGCUCAAGACCGGCUUCAAGAACGACGGCUACCAGCACGACAAGGACAACGACGACAUCGUCAAACCCCCGCCUCUACCCAUAGAAGAUGAAAACUACCCAACGGGAAAAGUUAAACUAUCAAGAAACGAGAAAUGGAGAAUACUAAAGAACGUGGCGGCGGUGAGCGCCGCCUUCAUGGUGCAAUUCACCGCUUUCCAAGGGACGGCUAAUCUACAGUCGUCGAUCAACGCCAAGGACGGGCUGGGCACGGUAUCGCUAAGUUCCAUUUACGCGGCGCUCGUCGUAUCCUGUAUAUUUGUUCCCACCUUUCUAAUCAAGAGGCUAACUGUGAAAUGGACUUUGUGUUUGUCCAUGAUGUGCUACGCGCCGUACAUCGCGGCGCAGUUCUACCCGGCUUUUUACACGCUGGUGCCGGCCGGGGUAGUGGUGGGGAUGGGAGCGGCCCCCAUGUGGACGUCGAAGGCCACGUACCUCACGCAGGCCGGUAGCGUCUACGCGAAGCUGACGGAUCAAGCUGUCGAUGGCAUCAUCGUGCGAUUCUUCGGCUUCUUCUUCCUCGCUUGGCAGACGGCCGAGCUUUGGGGAAAUUUGAUCUCAAGUUUGGUGUUCUCAUCGGGCGUGCAUAGCUCCAACGGCACCACCGAGAACAACACCAAGACCCUGCUGACUUGCGGAGCCAACUUCUGCAUGGUCGGCGGCGGCCAACACGAGAACCAGAACCUGCACCGGCCGCCCGACAGCGAGAUCUACGAGAUCAGCGCCAUCUACCUGGCGUGCGUAGUGGUCGCCGUGCUCAUGGUCGCGCUAUUGGUGGACCCACUCUCCAGAUACGGUGAAAAGCAGAGGAAGGCUGACCCGGCCAAGGAGCUGUCCGGCAUCCAGCUGCUGUCGGCCACGGCCUACCAGCUCAAGAAGCCUAACCAGCAACUGCUCAUUCCCAUCACUCUGUGGAUCGGCAUGGAGCAGGCGUUCAUCGGAGCAGACUAUACUCAGGCCUACGUGUCCUGCGCACUCGGCAUCCGUUCCAUCGGCUACGUGAUGAUCUGCUUCGGGGUCGUGAACGCCAUCUGCUCCCUCGUGUUCGGCUCGGCCAUGAAGUACAUCGGCAGGUUCCCGAUCCUCGUGAUGGGCGCCGCGCUGCACCUGGGGCUGAUCGUGUGGCUGCUCAUCUGGCGGCCCAACCCCGAGACCCCCAGCACCUUCUUCGUGAUCUCGGGCCUGUGGGGCGUGGGCGACGCCGUGUGGCAGACGCAGGUUAACGGACUGUACGGCGUGCUCUUCCGGCGCAACAAGGAGGCCGCCUUCUCCAACUUCCGGCUGUGGGAGAGCGCCGGGUUCGUGGUAGCGUACGCCUACUCCACGCACCUCUGCGCGCGCAUGAAGCUGUACGUCAUGAUGGUGGUGCUCCUUAUCGGCUUCUGCGGGUACAUCGUUGUCGAGAUCCUGCACAAGAGAAAGGCCCGCCGGCUGAAGGCGAUCGCCGAGGACCCGGCCGUGGCCGCCGAGGCCGCCAAGCAGCCCCCCGAGGAGGACGACGAGAAGGACGAGAUCGACGACGAGAUCGUCAUCACGCACCUGUGAGCGCCCAAAACAACCACCUUUGCCCUGGGGAAUUUAUGUGUCCA